UGAACAAGAAAAAUUGGCAUCUAUGAAAAAGCAAGAUGAAGACAAAGAUAAAAGGGAUAAGGAAGAAAAAGAAAGCAGCAGAGAAAAAAGGGAGAGGUCUCGUAGCCCAAGAAGACGCAAAUCCAGAUCUCCUUCCCCUAGAAGACGAUCUUCCCCUGUCAGGAGAGAGAGAAAGCGCAGUCAUUCUCGAUCUCCCCGUCACAGAACCAAGAGCCGGAGUCCUUCCCCUGCUCCAGAAAAGAAGGAAAAAACUCCAGAGCUCCCAGAACCUUCAGUGAAAGUAAAAGAACCUUCAGUACAAGAGGCUACUUCUACUAGUGACAUUCUGAAAGUUCCCAAACCUGAACCUAUACCAGAGCCUAAAGAACCUUCUCCAGAAAAAAAUUCUAAAAAAGAAAAGGAGAAGGAGAAGGCCCGACCACGAUCUCGGUCACGCUCCAAAUCAAGAUCCCGGACGCGGUCCCGCUCUCCUUCUCACACUCGACCUAGACGGCGCCAUAGAUCCCGAUCAAGAUCGUAUUCACCUAGAAGGCGGCCAAGCCCAAGAAGGCGGCCAUCUCCUCGAAGAAGAACUCCACCAAGAAGAAUGCCUCCUCCACCAAGGCAUAGAAGGAGUAGAUCACCUGUAAGACGAAGAAGACGUUCUUCAGCAUCCUUGUCUGGGAGUAGCUCAUCAUCCUCUUCAUCUCGUUCACGGUCACCACCAAAGAAGCCUCCCAAGAGGACAUCCAGCCCCCCUCGGAAAACUCGUAGGUUAUCUCCUUCAGCAAGUCCUCCAAGGCGAAGGCACAGGCCAUCACCUCCUGCAACUCCACCACCCAAAACUCGGCAUUCCCCAACACCUCAGCAGUCAAACCGUACAAGAAAAAGUCGUGUUUCCGUGUCUCCAGGGAGAACUUCAGGUAAAGUGACAAAACAUAAAGGUACUGAGAAAAGAGAAUCCCCUUCACCAGCACCGAAGCCUAGAAAAGUAGAGUUAUCUGAAUCGGAAGAAGAUAAAGGUGGCAAAAUGGCUGCAGCAGAUUCUGUGCAGCAGAGACGCCAGUACAGACGACAAAACCAGCAGUCUUCAUCUGACUCUGGCUCCUCCUCCUCCUCAGAAGAUGAACGACCCAAGAGGUCCCAUGUGAAGAAUGGUGAGGUUGGCAGGCGGCGGAGACAUUCCCCUUCCCGGAGUGCUUCUCCAUCACCACGAAAGCGGCAAAAAGAGACUUCCCCUCGGAUGCAGAUGGGAAAGCGAUGGCAAUCGCCAGUGACUAAAAGUGGUAGACGGAGGAGAAGUCCAUCCCCACCACCCACCAGAAGGCGACGGUCUCCUUCUCCCGCCCCUCCUCCUCGACGGCGCAGGACUCCCACACCACCACCACGACGAAGGACUCCUUCUCCUCCCCCACGCCGGCGCUCACCUUCUCCUAGAAGAUACUCUCCUCCAAUACAGAGGAGAUACUCUCCUUCUCCACCUCCAAAGAGAAGAACGGCUUCACCUCCUCCCCCUCCUAAACGAAGAGCAUCACCAUCUCCACCACCAAAGCGGCGGGUCUCCCAUUCUCCACCUCCCAAACAAAGAAGCUCCCCAGUCACCAAGAGACGUUCACCUUCAUUAUCAUCCAAGCAUAGGAAAGGGUCUUCCCCAAGCCGAUCUACCCGGGAGGCCCGAUCACCACAACCAAACAAACGGCAUUCGCCCUCACCACGGCCUCGAGCUCCUCAGACCUCCUCAAGUCCUCCACCUGUUCGAAGAGGAGCGUCAUCAUCACCCCAAAGAAGGCAGUCCCCGUCUCCAAGUACUAGGCCCAUUAGGAGAGUCUCCAGGACUCCGGAACCUAAAAAGAUAAAAAAGGUUGCUUCCCCAAGCCCACAGUCUGUAAGGAGGGUCUCAUCCUCCCGAUCUGUCUCCGGGUCUCCUGAGCCAGCAGCUAAAAAGCCCCCAGCACCUCCAUCCCCUGUCCAGUCUCAGUCACCAUCUACAAACUGGUCACCAGCUGUACCGGUCAAAAAGGCCAAAAGCCCAACACCGAGCCCAUCACCGCCAAGAAAUUCAGAUCAAGAAGGAGGUGGAAAGAAAAAGAAGAAAAAGAAGGACAAGAAACACAAAAAGGAUAAGAAGCACAAGAAGCACAAAAAACACAAGAAGGAAAAGGCUGUGGCUGCAGCUGCUGCAGCUGCUGUGACCCCUGCAGCCGUUGCAGCUGCCACAACCACAUUAGCACAGGAAGAGCCGGUGGCAGCGCCAGAGCCGAAGAAGGAGACUGAAAGUGAAGCUGAAGAUAACCUUGAUGAUUUAGAAAAGCACCUGCGUGAAAAGGCCCUGAGAUCAAUGAGGAAGGCCCAAGUGUCCCCACAGUCUUAGGGGGAAAUGUUUGUUAUGAUGUAAAUUUUAUUUGGUUUGUACGCAGUUCAAUUUCAAAAUUGCUAAAAUGUGUUUGAGCUUUAGACUAUAACAUUUGUUGUAAUAAUUGCUAGGUUGAAGUUCACCAUGUAAAAAAAGGGGGCAUGGAUUUACAUUGCAAAAGGUGUCCACAGUGUAUUAGUGACAUUCUUUCAUUGACAGCUGACAUAAUUCAUUAAGUGAAAUAAUUUAAGCCAAAAAAAAUUCCCUUUUUAAAAAAGGGGGUUUAAAUACUGUUGGCAUUUUUAUGGUUCCUUUAAAUGCCCUGGCUAUUCCUAGAGGGGGUUUUUUGUUUGUUUUUUUGGUUUUGAUCUUCUUUUUGUUUUUCUUUCUUCUUCUUACAUUUUUUUCAUUUGAGUCUUAGCUCCCAUUUAAGUUAUGCUACUGACCUUGUAUGGUCUGUAAGCUUGCCCAGAAAUAAGACCACUGUUUUGAACUACCACAAAAGUAUAAAUGAAUAUUUUAAUGCCACCAUCUUUCCUGUUGCCUGUGGAGUCUCUGCUGAAAUGAAUCAGGAUUCGAGCUCUAGGAUGAGACAGAAAAUGAAAGCAUGUUGUUUGCCAGGACACUGUGGGUUUAUAUGGAUGUGUAACAAGUUGAUUUGGAACACUGGACUCUCAUUCUGUUCUUCUGGUUUUGUUUUUUUGUUUUGUUUUUUUCUUUUGUAAAGGCAAUGAGCUAGUCCCAGAAAGGAUCCUUCAGUUACAUACAAUUUGUUUAAUGAAAUGUCAUGGCUCUGUUCAUAUCUUUGUCUUGUUCUUCCGAUUGGUAUAUACAAGUUUCAGAGCUCUUGUAUUUGGAAGGCUGGAAGGGCCCAGACUUUGGAAUAGUGUCUUGGUUUCACUGUUUUUGUUUUGAUUUUUUUUUUGUUUGUUUUGAUUUUUUUUUUAAACUAAAGCUAUAUAAAGCUUGUGGAUUAAACAGAAUAAAUUUCUAAAUUUAAAAAUUUU